UUGCAAUCAUCAACAUUCGGGAUUACGCUCGAAAAUUCAAGAUGGCAUCGUGUGGAUUUCUCCUCAUGCUGUUGACCAUUACCGGAAUAGUAUGUGCGUUGUCUGAAGCGGCUAUCACCUGCGGAAUUCCUCAAAUAUCACCGCGAUCGGAUAUGUCAAGAGUUAAAGGUGGCAAUGAUGCGGUGGCUGGCAGUUGGCCGUGGCAGGUUCGUCUCGGCGUCCGCCAGGCUAACGGCCAAGUGAUGUGGAAUUGCGGAGGCAGCAUUUUAACCGAGAAAUAUGUCGUUACGGCUGCUCAUUGUUUAGUCGGUGGGAUUAAUGCCGAGUACAUGAUCCGUGCUGGGGAUCACGACCAAACCCGCAUCGAAGCGGCGCAAGUAGACCACGCCGUACUCCGCAUUGGUCAGCACCCGAACUACGCCGGCCAAUCGGGCAACUUCAGGAACGACAUCGCCAUUCUCCGGCUGGCCACCAACCUGACCUUCAAAGCCCAAAUUAGUCCGGUGUGUCUGCCCAUCAGCAAGAAUGAUAUCCCGCACGGCACCACCUGCAUGGUGACCGGCUGGGGCAAGUCGGGUCCCACGGGCACCAGCUACAAAUCGGUACUGCAGCAGGGCCGUGUGCAAAUUAUCGGACGGCAGCAGUGCGCGGCGCAGUAUUGGGGCAAUAUGGUCACGAGCAAUGUGCAAGUGUGCGCCGGGACACCAGCCGGCACCGUCGAUGCCUGCUCGGGCGACAGUGGCGGGCCACUGGUUUGCCAAGACCCGACUAGCCGACGCUGAAUUCUCCAUGGGGUUGUCAGCUUUGGACCUCUUACGGGCUGUGGAAAUCCGACAAAGCCGGCAGUGUACACAAGGAUCAGCGGACUGAUGGACUGGAUCAAGACCACAACCGGAAAUACCGUUCUCCAAUACUAAUGCGUACCCUUUUAAUAAAGCGGGCGAAACCAUAU